AAGACAAAAUGGUCGAUGAGCAAGUAAACCGCUAGCCGCGUGAACGUGCGCACCGCCAUGAUAUCAAACAACAUAGAUUGUUAUUGCGCGCGGAACUCAUGACACAUUUAUUCGGUUUCCGUCAACGUUCCAUUUUCAAAUUUCGAUUAGUAUAUAGUUAACGACUCAAUUGUUGAAAAGUCUUAAGUGCAGUGACGUGUAUGUUCUAUUUUUGAAUUUAUUCGGAAUUUGGAUUUAAAGACUAGCACACACGGAUGCCUCGCCGCGAUGUCUCUGUCCACUAGUCGCCAGCAGUUCCUGGCGUACGAGUCGCACGCGGAGCCCGACAUCCACUACAGGAGAAAAGGCGGAGUCUUCAUAUCCACCUGCAUUUGUGUCUGCUUCAUCAUAUUCGCAGCUCUAAUAGCCGCGGUAGUGGGCAUUAUCGUCUACUAUGUCACCUAUUACAGGGUAACCCAGCAAUCGGAAGACUUUUGGAAUGAUGAACCAUUUGGACUAUCUACCAAACCAUCACCCAACCUCCGCUUGCCAACAACAAUCACACCAAGUUUCUACAGAUUAAAAAUAAAAGCUGACUUAGAAACUUCCACAUUUACGGGUGAUGUCUUAAUAACUAUACGAGCGAGUGAGAGUACAAAAGAAAUCAUCCUCCACGCUAAAGACCUCAGUAUCAAUGAGAAUAUUACAUUAACGGAGCAAACUUACCAAAAUGUACCGACAACAAAAUUAAAACGUGAAGUUGCUGAAGUGGAAAAUGCCACAAAUGAACUGAAAGAUUCAACUAUUGCAGAUUUAGACACAGUCAGCAAUACCACAUCUGAACCGACACCGACCGAUGCCACAGCAAUGGAUAACAUCACAAUUACUACAACCAUUCCUAGCAAUGCGGAGGCUACAACAACUAGUGUACCUGCAGAAGUAACUCCUCACUCUGAUAAAGAAGUCACCCUGAGUAAUGUUCGUGAUGUCAGAGUUAAGAACAUGGAGUUCAGUACAGGCGACCGUCUGAUUCUGCAUCUGGAAACGCCUCUCACGCCCGACGUCGACUAUACCUUGCAAAUGGCAUUCCACGGAGAGAUUCUGAACACUUUAACUGGAUUCUAUAAGAGCACUUAUAGAGAGGGCAAUCAAGACAAGCAAUUCGGAGUAACGCAGUUCGAACCGACAUCCGCGCGGGCCGCUUUCCCUUGCUUUGACGAGCCGGCAUUCAAAGCCAAGUUCGAGAUAAGCCUCGCCCACCGACACAACGUCUCCGUCCUCUCCAACAUGAGGAUCGCCGCUCAGGAACCCAUUGAAUCAGAACCAGGUUGGCAAUGGACCCAUUUCGACCGAUCCGUCAAAAUGUCCACAUACCUCGUCGCUUACGUACUAUCCGACUUCGAAUACCUGGAGACCAGUUACACCAGCAAAGACAAUGUGACCAAACCCAUCCGGAUAUGGGCAAGACCAUCGCUGAUCAAGAACGCCAAAUACUCCAUGUCAAUCAUCCCAAAACUCUUGGCUUUAUAUGAGGACGUGUUUGGAGUGCCGUACGUUUUGGAUAAAAUCGAUUUUGUGGCGAUACCAGACUUUUCCAAUGGAGCUAUGGAGAACUGGGGGUUGAUUACUUUUAGAGAAACAAACCUAUUAUACAACGAAGAUGAUGGAGUUCCCCGUCUCAAGCAGAACGUGGCAAUCGAUGUGGCUCACGAGUUGGCUCACCAGUGGUUCGGCAACCUCGUCACGAUGAAGUGGUGGACCGACCUGUGGCUCAACGAGGGCUUUGCUACUUACAUUGAAUACAUCGGCGUCAAUCACAUCACACCAGAAUGGAACAUUCUAGAGACGUUCACUCGCGACAAAAUGAGCCUGCUGAGAUCCGACGCUCUCAAGAACACCUCCCCAGUGUCCAGACAAGUGGUGGACGCGUCUGAGAUCUCGCAGAAAUUCGACGAGAUCUCUUACACUAAGGGUGCCAAUCUCAUCCGGAUGCUGAAUCACACCAUCUCCUAUGAUCUGUUCCACGAGGCCUUGGUUGGGUACUUAAAUAAAUGGAAGUAUCAAAACGCGGAAGAGAACGACCUUUGGGACUCAAUGUCAGAAGCGACUCGUUCAGAUCCGAGCCUGAAAGGACUCUCCGUGAAGGAGUUCAUGAACACGUGGACGCGCCAGCCAGGCUACCCCGUCGUCAACGUCUACAGGGACUACGAUACGGGAUACGUCACUUUCCAACAGAAUCUGUUUACUCACGCACUGGAAGUAUCGGCAAAGGCCAAGGAUCAGAAGUGGAGUAUCCCCAUCAGUUACACCACGAUGGACGUUCCUUCUGGCGACUGGAGCACUAAGCCCAAGCUAUGGCUCAACGGGAGGACCCUGCGGCCUCAGCUGCCCGUCAACCGGACCCAGGCCUUGUAUGUUAACGUGGAUGCUAUUGGUUACUACCGCGUGAACUACGAUCAAAAGAACUGGGAGCUUCUCAGCGCGGCUCUCAAAUCUAAGGCCAUAGACAACCCCAUAACAAAGGCACAGUUGAUAGACGACGCCUUCAACCUGGCCAAAGCCGAGCAGCUCAACUACAGCUACGCGCUCGGCCUCGCCACUUGCGUUCUCGACGGGGAGGACUCGCGUUUCGUGUGGGACAUGCUGCUCGACAACAUAUCCUUCCUCAAGCAGAACCUGAGGGCCACCUCGGGAUAUAUUUACUUCCAAGAUUACAUCAAGCUCCUGCUGAAGAAGCAACUCGAACGAGUCAACUACGGGCUCAACAAACCCAAAGAUGACAACGAAGCGUUCCUUAUAGAGAACCUGGUCCUCUGGGAGUGCCUGAUGGAGUCGCCCCGGUGUUUGAAAUGGGCUAAAGACGAGUUUGAGAAGUGGAUCCAGAACCCGGAAUUGAGCGAAGUUCCAAACUAUCUCCGCUCCGUGGUAUACAACAUGGCGAUUAGAUACGGCGGUCGGCGCGAGUUCGAGCUCGUCUGGGAGCGGUACCUCAACGCAUCAGAUCCCAACACGCAAAACCUGCUGCUGUCCAACCUGCCCGCCACGAGAGAGGAGUCGCUGAUUGCCUUUUUGCUAGAGAAGAGUCUCACGGACAUACCGAACCAGAGUGCCUCGGUGCUCUGGUCAGUGGAGCCGCCAGUGGGCAGCAAGGUGGCGCAAGACUUCCUCAUCGCGAACUUCGACAGGGUGUACGACAAGUUCUCGCGCAUCGACUCCUUCAUGUUCCCCAUCGUGCUCAGCUGCGCCUUCGGCAGCAUCCACACCGACGACGAGCUGGACAAGCUCAAGCACAUGGCGCUGCAACACAAAGACAAGCUGCUGCCGAUGUCCCAGGUCCUGCAGAAGAUAAUAGACACGGCCACGCUGCGCAUCAGCUGGAUACAGCGGCACGCGGCCGGCAUCAACGACUGGGUCAAGCAGUACGUUACUGAGAAUGCGACGCACAACAGUACAAACUCAGUGACUACCCCUCCGGCGCCCACCCUCACGCAAAACAUCACGAUAGACAUCACAAACAACACGAGUACAACGCCUAGUCCGCUAACUGUUAAUACUUAGAUUUACUCGCUAGUGCUACUCCCGUCCAAAGAUAAAAUAUUCCUUUGUAACCGGACAACCCCGAAAAUAGGCUAGUUUCGCUUAGGCCAAAAAAUAUACCUUUGUUACCAACCAAACACAAACAACGCUAUACUAUUUCAACAUUAAUGUUAUUUUGACGCUUGCGCUGUGUUGUAAAAAUUCAAGCGGUAAUUAAACUACCUAAUUAAGUCACAAUAAUCCUAAUCGAGAUUAAACUAAUUUAAUUCCAAGAAUGCUUAGGAUUAAAUUAGUUAAUUCUCCGCUUAGUUCUUUGAAGAGUUUCUGACUUGACGCUUCUAAAUGCUCUAGGAGAUGGACAGAUAGGACGCGGCGCGUUGCGCGUCGCGUGUUGCGUUGCGUCGCGUUGUUUCAAACAUACAGAAUGUAACCAGAACGCUAGCAAAAACGAAGACAGGUGAUAGUACUGAUGAUUACUGAUAAGAUACCACAAAAAAGCUGUAUUUUUUCAAAGCUCACAAUAUGUUGCAAAUAAAACAUCUGACUGACGCUAGAUGUCAACGGACGUUGCGUAAGUAGGCCACUCGGAGUCAAUGCCAAGUCGUAGGUGGGGCAUUGACUCGAAUUUUGCACGCUCUACAUUGCGGCAAUAGGGCAAUUUAUUUAAUAAGGUUAUUGGCAUUGGAUUGUGUUUAGGUAGUAUAAUAACAACCCUAAGUUUUUGCUAGUGUUCUGGUUACAUGUUGUAGUAUUUUUUGCAAAGAAUUAUUUUACUUAUCACAAUCUGCUGUGAUUUGAGAAGGGUAGGUAAAAACUAAAAAUAUAAAAUAAUGUAUAUUUUUUUUUUUUUUUGAAAUGUGUAUAAAUCCAAUGUUAUCUUGAUUGGUGCUCUCUUAAUUUAAAGAUAUUUCUUAUUUUCUCAACAUCUUUACUGUUUAUUGUUUAUAAAGUUACCAACCUUAUUGAUGAAGUAUUUUUUGUGCCAUAAAAUAAUAUACGUUCAUGUUAUUAAACUAUCGAAAAAAUCAAAAUGAUUGCACAACUUUUAUCGAUUUAGUUUACGUACAGUACCUGGCAGGAAAUAUUGAAUAUCAAACUUUAGAAAGAGAGGUAAGGAUUUCCUAGUGUGUUAUUUUUGCCGUUAAGACCGACGAAAGAUUCGUCAUUCCUAGUGUUUAUAUACUCUUUGGUCAUUCCUUUGUUACGUUACGGGAAUAAGUGACAGAGACGACGCUCUACGAAGUCAUCUCUUUCUAAAGUUUGAUGUGCAAUAUUUACAAGUACCUCCUUUUCUAUUAAGUAAGCACAAUUUUUUUAAAUCAUUCCAGAAUCGCCUCGGCUACUUGAUUUAUUUUUUUCGUUAUUUUUUGUGUGAGGACAUAUAAAUAAAAUAUUAAGGGUUAUUAUUUCAAUCGCU